GCAGGAAAUACGGGCCCCACAAUGGCUGCAAGGAUCGGAGGAGCCCCUUCCUAAAGCCAACCAUAGCCGCAUAUUAGGUUUUUUUCCUUUGGGUAAAAAUUUUGAAACUUUAUGGUUGAAACAUAGAAAGUCGAACACCCAAUACGAAAAUUCGCUCUCAUCAACUCUCUUGCUCUAACUCACGAGAUCUGUAUGCUGUUGCUUGCUGCUAUGAAACAUGGGGUUGUGAUGAGUUGAGUUUCUGAGCUGAGCAGAGAACAAAUGGCGUCCGAUACGGCGUCGUCUGUGGACGAACAACAGGCACAGCUUGUCACUGCUACUUCAACUGACAACAGAGGACGGCAUCGGAUUCUUGCUGAACUCAACCGACUCGAACAAGAACUCAAAUUCUUACAGGAAGAGGUGGGAGAACUUGAAAAUACUGAAAACGUUUCCACCAUAUGUUCGGAAUUGCUACCCUACAUCGAAGGCAGGCCGGAUCCUCUACUCCCAGUAACAAAUGGACCUAUAAAUCUAAUAUGGGAUCAAUGGUUUGAAGGACCUCAAAAUUCACAAAGUUGCAGUUGCUUGAUACUGUGAUUGGAUGCAAUUUAACACCUCUUGCCAUGGCUCCAACAAACAUGUCCUACCUGCUGUAGAGUUACUGUUAAUUUUGCUCCUGCUUCUUUGAAAGUGUAUUACCAGGUGUGCUGCUUAACCCUUUAGGUUGACCCUAUUGAAUGUAGAACUUACAAUUCUUGAGCUUGUAUAUCAGAUGCACCUAUUGCUCUUCUCAGUCUUCUCCAAUUAAGGGAACAAAUUUUAUGUCAAGAAGCUUACACUACAUGACUACAUGAGCAAACCCAAUAAGUGCGUGUUGUUGACCGAGUCCGUCACGGAUUAAAUAGAAUCUGUAGCAGAGGCUGGCAGUGUUUUACUGUUUUUCAAUGUUUUUCUUGACAUUAUUGACCCAAUUGGCGAAAAUUCCAUAAUACAAUGAAGUAUUGAAA